AUGCGGAUUCCACGUGGACACCGCCGCCCGCCGCCGUGUCUCCACCACCUCCUCCUCCUCCUCGUCGCCCUCUGUUUCGCUGCCCUGAAAACCGCCGCCGCCGCUCCCAGUACAGGAGGCACCGGAGAAGGAGGAGGCGGCAUCGCCAGCGUCACCGGCAGCAUCAUGACAUGGGCCACGUGGCCACCAAAAUGCGCAUGGUUACCCUUGCGAAUGAGUGGGAAGAGUCACUCAUAUACUCUUGUAUCCAAAUACCACAAGAUUUGGAAGGACACGAAGGAUGCUAUUUCUGCAAAAGAUAUUUCGAGAAAAGAACCGGUAGGCGGUGUGAUUGCCUUGAAGGAGUCCAUGAAGUACUUCGAUGCUGAUUUUUUCAACGAUUCAAAACUACGUGAGAUGGAAAACGGCGCAAAAGAAUUUAAUGUGCCUGCAUUUAGAGAAAACCGAAGGUUGGUGGCUAUGAAGGAUGGUGGAUUGCAUGACCCUUCUGUUCUAGUCUUCAAAUCAUCAUGGAGUAGCAAAAGCAAAGUCAAGGAGAGUGAAAUGUUCGACUGUCCUCAAACCUCUAUGACACAGCGUCCUAGUAAUGAUGAAGAUAUUGCCUUUAUGUCGAUAAUUGAGCUCGGGGAGCUUUUUAGGACAAAGAAAAUAACAUCACAUGAACUUACUGACGUAUUUUUAAGGAGAUUAAAAAGGUAUGGUGCUGUUCUUGAAUCUGUUAUUACAUACACUGAAGAAUUAGCAUACAAGCAAGCAAAAGAGGCAGAUGACUUGCUGGAGCAAGGAAAAUACCUUGGUCCCUUGCAUGGCAUUCCAUAUGGCCUGAAAGAUAUAAUUGCAGUGCCACAAUACAAUACAACUUGGGGCUCAAAGACAUUCAAGAAUCAAGUUAUUGAUAUGGAAGCUUUUGUAUACAAAAGAUUGAAGUCCGCUGGGGCAGUCCUUGUAGCGAAGCUUGUGACAGGUUCACUCGCCUAUGAUGAUAUAUGGUUUGGGGGGAGAACACGAAACCCAUGGAACAUUGAGGAAUUUUCUACUGGUUCAUCAGCAGGGCCAACUGCUAGCACCAGUGCAGGAAUGGUUCCCUUUGCAAUUGGUUCGGAAACAGCAGGAUCCAUAACAUAUCCUGCAGCUAGAUGUGGAGUAACUGCUUUGCGCCCAUCAUUCGGAACAGUUGCACGGACCGGUGUCAUGAGCCUUUCUGAGAGUCUGGACAAACUCGGUCCUUUCUGCAGAAGCGCAGCAGACUGUGCUAUUGUAUUAGAUGCAAUCCGUGGCUCAGAUCCUGGUGAUCCCUCGUCUCGUGAAAUUGCUUUAGAGGACCCAUUUCAUGUCGACAUCACAAAACUCACUGUUGGAUAUCUUGACAGCGCUGAGAUGGAGGUUGUCAAGGUCCUUUCCGCCAAGGGCGCUAAGUUUGUGCCUUUCAAGUUGAACUACACUGUCGAAUCAGUUCAAUCCAUUCUAAACAUCACGAUGGACGUCGAUAUGCUUGCACAUUUUGACAACUGGCAACGCGAAGGACACGACGAUGACUAUGAAGCUCAAGAUCAAUGGCCGGUGGAGCUUCGUCGUGCACGAUUAGUCCCAGCAGUCGACUAUGUACAGGCACAGAGAGCGCGGGGUAGGCUGAUCAGGGAGGUCCGGGAGAGCUUCACGGUUGACGCGUUCAUCGGUAAUGUGACCGACUGGGAGCUCGUUUGUCUGGGAAACCUCGUGGGGUUGCCCAUCGUCGUGGUGCCUACGGGCUUCAAGAGCAUCGAACACCCACCAAAAGGCAACACAAGGAGACGAACCACAGUGACGACGGGUAUAUAUGCUCCCCCUGACCAUGACCACAUUGCUCUAGCGCUGGCGAUGGCGUACCAGUCUGUCACCGAUCACCACAAACAACGGCCACCGAUUGACGCAAAUUAG